AUGUCCGAGCAGAAGAAGAAGCUCGUGGCCUAUCAUGAGGCCGGUCACGCGAUCCUGGGCGCUCUGAUGAACGACUACGACGUCGUGGCCAAGAUCAGCAUCGUGCCGCGGGGCCCAGCCGGUGGCGUGACGAUCUUCAUGCCUUCCGAGGAUAGGCUGAACUCUGGCCUGUACUCGAAGGAGUUUCUGGAGAAUCGCAUGUGUGUGGCGCUGGGUGGGCGCUUGGCCGAAGAGAUCAUCAACGGCAAGGACAAUGUGACCACUGGUGCCUCCAACGACUUCCAGCAGUGCACGCAGGUCGCCAAGCAGAUGGUGAUGACCCUUGGCAUGUCGCCGGAAAUUGGCCAGCGUCUUCUGGGAGGCCAGCAGGGUGGCGGUCCCUUCAUGGGCCGUGACUUCAUGGGACAGGGGGCUCCUCCCAUGUCGCAGGCUCUGAAGCAGAAGGUGGACGCUGAGAUCAAGCGCAUCGUGGACGAGCAGUAUCAGCGUGGCAUGAAGCUCCUUCGAGACAACAUGUAUCUCCUUGAUGAGCUUGCCAAGCGUCUCUUGGAGGAGGAGAAGGUCUCCGGCGAGCAGCUGAUGAAACUGAUCAACCAAUCUGCUGCAGAAGGAAAGCUGGUCAUGGGCAACAGCAAGAUGGCCGUGGCCGCCUACACGGGCGAGGUGAUCGAGAACUCCUCGGAGGUGUCUUUGCCGCGAAAGACCCAGUGCGUGCACCCGGACAAGCCCAUGAUGUUCGCCUGUACCGACUGCCCGCGACGCGGCUUCUGCGGUUCAACUCGUGCUGCGCCCAGGGAAGGCAAGGCUGCGCGAAGCGCCGUGGCUCGGCUGGGUCUCGCCACGCCCGAGGCGGAGAGUCGCGAGUCCACCAGCGAGGAAGUGCUGCGCCGAAUCAAGGGCAUGGCAGCCGAGGUGUCCCCUUCUGGUGCAGCUUUGCCUGAGAGCGUGGUGAGGCAUGCUGCCGUGCAGGCCUUGGCCGUUCUCGCCGCCUCGGCCGGGCCCUUGGCCGCCAAGGCAGAUGACGUGCCCGCUCUCCAGUCUAUGGGAACCCCGCAGAUGCAAAUGCAGCAGCCUGGUGGGGGCCUUCAGCGCGUCUCGGGCCGCGUGACCUACUCCCGGCUCUUGGAGUUCGUGGACGAGGGCUCCGUGAAGCGCGUCGACUUUUACGACCUGGGCCGCACGGCGGUGGCCACGGUGACCGUGGCCGGCCGGGAGCAGCAGCUGGUGUGUGACCUCCCAGGUGCUACCACAGGCCUCAUCGAGAAGCUCACGACCAAGGGCAUCUCAAUUGAGGUCCACCAGCCAGAGAAGCCGAACCCCAUCUUCAACGUCUUGGGCGAUGUCGCCUUCCCUUUGCUUCUGAUUGCCGGACUCCUGUUUCUGCGCUCCCGUGCCCCCGGCGGUGGUGGCAUUCCUGGCUUCGGCAAUCAGGGCCAGGCGAAGAUCAUGAUCACUCCCGAGACCGGCGUGAAGUUUGAAGAUGUCGCCGGAAUCGACGAGGCCAAGGAGGAGCUCAUGGAGAUCGUGGAUUUUCUGAAAGCGCCAGAGAGGUUCGUGAAGGUGGGCGCGAAGAUCCCUCGCGGCGUGCUGCUGACUGGCCCACCGGGCACCGGUAAGACGCUGAUGGCCAAGGCUUUGGCGGGUGAGUCCGGAGUGCCUUUCAUUCAGUCCUCUGCUUCGGAGUUCAUCGAACUCUUCGUCGGGGUGGGU